CCGAACCGUCUCUCGCCUCCUUCCGCGGGUCUCUCUCUAUAAAUACCAGUAGAGAGAGUCUCUGCAAGGGAAGAAGGGAAGCAGAGACCGAGCGCGAAGAAGAGAGAAUAGGGAUUAGUUUAGAGAGUGCGAGUAGGAAGGAUGCUGUCGAUGGAGUCUCUUUUUGUCCGCCCUUCUGCCACCGUCGGUGUUAAGCCCGUCCGCCACAGCCGCGGCAGCCACCUCCUCGACCAGCAGCGGCCCCGGCGUUUCCUUCAUUUGGGCGCCGGUGCCGUUGCGCGGGAUGGGGCUUCGGCGACUAAUUCUUCCUUGCCGCAAUGCAGUGGUGUUUAUACUGUUAGUGAUUUUAUGGUCACCAAGGAAGAUCUUCAUGUUGUGAAGCCUACCACUUCAGUUGAUGAAGCGUUGGAGAUGUUAGUGGAGUAUAUGAUCGCUGGCUUUCCCGUGAUUGAUGAUGACCAGAACUUGGUUGGACUAGUUUCAGAUUAUGAUUUAUUAGCAGUGGACUCCAUUUCAGGAACUGGAAGAAUUGAUAGAAGCAUAUUUCCUGAAGUUGAUAGUACGUGGAAGGCAUUCAAUGAAAUCCAGAAGCUGCUAAGUAAAACCAAUUGCAGAGUAAUUGGCGAGGUGAUGACUCCGGCCCCUCUUGUAGUUCGCGAAACUACCAACCUUGAAGAUGCUGCAAGGCUACUACUGGAAACAAAAUAUCGUAGACUUCCAGUUGUGGACAGUCAUGGUAAAUUGGUUGGGAUAAUUACACGGGCUAACGUAGUCAGAGCAGCACUCCAGAGAAAGCAUGAAAACAACAAAACCUCUCCAGUCUAAGGUGGAACUCACAUAGCAGGUGAUGUCUUCACGGGAAGAGCAACCCCAUUAUUAGUAGGAUCAUCACUACUAGUUUAGUGCAGCUCAUUUUUGUGAUGUAUAUAUCUUUUGGAAACAUCAAAUUCUUUUAUGUUGGAAGUGAAACCUCAAAAAUACCAAAUGUAUCUUCUUCCAUGUCUUCAA